AAUAUUGAAAGGUUUUAAUUGUUGAUUCUGGUCUGGGUAUAUAGUCAGCUUAUGAAGUUUUAGUUCAAGUUUUCAAAUAUAUAGAGCCAUGAGUUUUGUUUUUCGAGGAGCAAGAGGUGAUAUAGAAAAUGGGUUUCCAGGAUUUAUGCCUGAGAGGCGUGCAUUGCGUGUUCAUGCAGCACGUCCUAGUAAUUCCAACUCACUCACUUUUCUCGUAACAGUUCUCCUGUUAUUCAUGAUACUGAACUCCCACCAGAUGUCACCAAAUUUUCUGCUCUGGCUAGUGCUUGGUGUUUUUUUGAUGGCUACAAUGCUAAGGAUGUAUGCGACAUGUCAACAGCUUCAAGCCCAGGCCCAAGCUCAUGCAGCAGCAGCCAGUGGCCUUCUUGGCCACACAGAACUACGGUUGCAUAUGCCUCCAUCGAUAGCACUUGCAAGCCGAGGGCGUCUGCAGGGUCUCAGACUUCAGCUGGCACUUCUUGAUCGGGAGUUUGAUGAUCUAGAUUAUGAAACUUUAAGAGCUCUGGAUUCGGAUAAUGUUUCUACUGCACCUUCUAUGACUGAAGAAGAGAUAAAUGCUCUUCCAGUUCACAAAUACAGGGUUUCUAAAACGCAGGAUAAUUCAAAUGCGGCUGGAAACUCAAAAGCCUCAGAUGAUGAUCUCACCUGCAGUGUAUGCUUGGAGCAGGUUAAUGUUGGAGAUGUACUUCGUAGCUUGCCCUGCCUGCAUCAGUUUCAUGCUAAUUGCAUUGAUCCUUGGUUGCGGCAACAAGGGACGUUGGAAUUAAUUCAAAAUAUAUAUCAUCAUCAGUGA